AUGUUUGAAGAUGUUGACGCUUCCAAAGCCUACCUGGCUUCUACGAAGUCAAUAUUCCCAGGCAAGCUUCUGUGGGAGGAGCAAGCCGAAUUUGAUAUUCUUUUCGAGGAGUUAUGUGCUACGGUUCCUGAUGCGAAGGAGACUUUUCGUGCCCUUCGUAUUUUCUCCUCGCGACCACCAGAGCAGGACGUCUCCGGUCAGGUAUUGAUUAACCUGACACCAACCGACGAUGGGCGGGACACAAAACCCCAAUCUUCUCCUGCCUCAUCGUCUUUCCCGCAGAAAGCUAGUACUUCACUUUCAGCCUCGACUUCAGCCAGUCCGGUGAUCCCAACGCGCGGUUUUCGCGCUGUCGUAUUCCGCGCUGCGAAAGAAGUUACUCGCAUCUUCAGAGAGGCGGAGUUUACAUUCGCAAUCUUGGGGAGCACGGCUUGUUAUCUCUACGGAAACAAACGUUUGCCAAAUGACGUCGACAUUCUCAUGUCCUCGCAUACCUGCGAUAUAGAGUCGCUGAAGGAAUCCCUUGUCACCAAGAAUCCGGAGCGUUUCUACCUCGUGAAUGCCAAGUCACCUAAGGCUACGUGGAAGGUCCUGUGGUACCACGAUCAUAGCGAAGAUGGGGAACUGGAGAAGACCAAGGUCGAUAUCCUCAAACCGGGGAUUUUGCAGCUCCCGAUGAUAUUCUCUGAAGCUAUAGUAGAUAAGCAGGGAUUUCCAGUCGUUCCCAUGUCGAUUCUACUGCUGCACAAACUGAAGGGGUGGAAGGAUAACAUGGAGGCGACGGCGCUACGUCUCCGGAGGAAGCAUGAUGCGAAUGUGGGAGAUAUAGGUUCGUUGUUGAGGAUAGUCGUGGACGGUAUGAGCUCGCAGGAAAAGAAAAACUCGAUGUAUUGGAAGCGGUUUUCGCUGGAACGGUUUGAUGAAGAAUUCCGAGAUGAGACGGAGUGUCGAGUGAAGUUGUUUUUUUCGAGAUUUCCAGAGUAUCAUGAUAUGUGGCAAAAGCUAGGCUGGUAG